AUGGCGGACUCCAGAAAGAAAGGUGCUUUGAUCUCGUCUCACCGACGCGAACGUCCCCCCGCUCGAAUAUUUGGAUACGCUGUCCUCACUAUGGGAUCCAACCCAUCCAAUGAUCCUGCCUUCGAUCCCAUGAAUACUCCACUAAGAUUCACAGCCGACGAUCGCGAGGCGAUCCAAGAGAUAUUCGAUGGGACGACUACUGUUGGAUGCGGGAACGCUUCUUUCCGCCACCGAUCGAGAGGAAUGGAUAGGCGAGGACAUGGGAAGCUUAUGUUGUGCGCUGGGUGCGAGGCGGUAAGGUACUGCUCACGAGAGUGCCAAAAAGAAGAUUGGCCGAAACACAAAGCAUUUUGCAGACCUGCUCACCCACAGAGAAAGGUGAUGAACAAACUCAGUAUCAACUUCCGAAAGCACCCAGACUUAAUGCUGAAAGCACGGAUUGCGAUCGCCUUCCAUCUCCUUGACGAUAUCGAUGGAUCGCACAAUCUUCGCCGUAUUCCACACGUUGGACUGUGCAUGUAUCUUCAUCCUAUCUCACCAGUCGUGACACAGGCCGUUGAACAUCCCGACAUCGACGUCAUGUUUCUCAGCACGCUGAAGCCCCCAGGGGAUCUCCAGUGUUUCUUCUUACCGCAGAGCAUGGUACCCCCUCCCGACGACCCAGUGUUUACUUCAGGAGAGCUGUCCUUCGAGGUUGUGGACCCGCCCUUGGUACGACGCAUAAUGGAUCUGUCCGACAACCGCGAUGCCUUCAACGUGUACUUGCAUUUCGUCUACCGGCAGUUCGGCAUCAUGUGUGGCCUCGUCCCCAUUUAUCCUGUCGACGUUUAUCGAGCGCGAGUGCUCCGUGCGAUUAAGCAGAAAUUCCCAGAUGUGUGGGGCUCGAACCCGAUGAUGCAGGCAAUCAAUGCGCAAAUUCGCGGGGACCAACGAAACGUGAUGAAAUUGCGAGCACCUUUGGCAGACAUCGAUAUUCAAUGGAUGAGGGAUGUGUCAAGACAUAUUUAUCCUUUCGAUUAG